CCCAGGCCCUGUUGCGCAUGCGCCAUGAAAGACCGGGGUCGGGACUGCCGGGUUUCACCCGCCGCCAUGAGGCGCUGAGAGUUCGGCACGUUUCACGCUGCUUGUGCCCAGCUCAUUAGUCCCUCUGGGGAAGCGGAAGUCGCGGGUGGAGGUUUUGGUUUCUGCUGGCGCGCACGUAACCAGGAAAUGAGGGAGCUACCAGGAUCUUGAUCUUGGGCGGCAGCGCCUUUGGAAGCUGCUACUGCGCUUGGUGCUGGACCCCCGCGGCCCCAGCCUCUGGCUCCUCAGGAAAGAAAGUUCCUGAGUCAUCGUGUUCAAAGCCGCCCUAGGCUUGCCUCUGUCCCUCAGGCCCUGGACAUUUAGGAAAGCUAGAGCUUGAGGGGGUGUGGGGGGGUAGGGGUGGUGGUGGAGGGGCGCCUAACGUGAGCUAAGGGGCUAGGUUUUCCCACAGGACUGCUUCACCCUCACCCCAAAAUGACACCGUGCCCUUUCCGGGAGUGACGUAAAGGGAGCCCGCCAUUGUAAUGUGGCCCCUCAGAGACAGGUCAGGCACAGUGCUGGACUUGUCGCCUGGGGAAAUGGUGGUCCCAGCUCUUAGCCCUGAGCUCGCUGAGACGGGAGCCCCGCACUCUUCGUGAGGAGUUAGUGCAUAAACGAAAAGACCGGGCCAUGGACGUUGACCACUGGCGCUCUUCCCCGUGGGCAGGGCUGACCGUACCUCAGAAAACUGUAGAAACAAGACAUCCUGACUUCAAAGCCAUAGCCACUGACUAUUUUAUCUCUGGACAGUUCCUAAGCAGUUUUUUUUUCUUCUUCCCCAGGUUAAUCUAGCUAAAAGCUAAAGUUCCAACCAUGUAUUUAUUUUCCCUAAUAUCUUAAUCUGUUCCCCUCUAUGUGCUGGUACCUUUUGAGAGCAAGACUGAAAGUUUAUUCUUUUUUUGGAGAACAAGCUCAGUGUCCUCUGAAAAUAGAUGGGUGGCCUUUUUGUUCUGAUUUUGGAUACAGUUUCUUGUUUAUUUUGUAAUAAGAGCCAUAAACUAAUUUUGCAGUAAUUUAUAUUACUAGAUUUAUGCAGUUGAUCCAAGGUGUCGACUUAGAGAAAAAUGUGCAGCAUGAGAGGUGUGAGUUAAAGUUUAUUCAGGGUUUUACUGAGGACUGUAGCCCCAGAGACAGCCUUCAGAUAGCACUGAGGAACGACGCCAAAGAGGUGGGGGUGGGGAAGCUAGUUUAUAUGUGGUUUUUUGGAUGUUAGGGAAUACAUGCAGUCAACAUGUAUCUUGGUAAAAAAAUCACGGCUAGUUACAGAGAACAGAUACUCCAAGUUAAUGAUUAUAGUGCUUUUCUAUGUAUGGGAAGCAGAAUUCAUUAAAAUUCUUCGGGAAAUGCAUUUAACUAAGGGCCUGGUUGUCCAAAACACAGAGCAUCCCCUUUUCAUCUUUUAUUUCCUCUGUAUGAAGCACUGAGUGCACCUCCUGUUACCACCUUAAUCUCUUCAUCUGAAGUAUCCAGUGCCUUGCUGCCUCAAAGACUUGAAUACCCACUGUGGAGACAGGAUGAAGUUGACCAGUGAAAAGUUGCCCAAGAACCCCUCAUAUACUUCUCUAUCCCACUUCGCUGCUAAGAAUGCAAAAGUCUUCCAGUGGAGAAAGGAAAAGACUGAUCAUUACAGCCAUGCUAAUUUGGUGGAUAAGGCCUUGCAGCUCUUGAAAGAAAGGAUAAGAAGAGGGGAUACUAUGGCAUAUUUUCUACGAGGUCAACUGUACUUUGAAGAGGGAUGGUAUGAAGAAGCAUUAGAACAGUUUGAAGAAAUCAAGGAAAAGGAUCAUCAGGCAACUUACCAGCUAGGAGUGAUGUAUUAUGAUGGCCUGGGGACAGCUGCAGACUCUGAAAAAGGAGUGGAAUAUAUGAAGAAAAUUGUUGAUUCUCCAUGCCCCAAAGCAAGACACUUAAAAUUUGCAGCAGCUUACAACCUUGGAAGAGCUUAUUACGAAGGAAAAGGUGUUAAACGAUCAGACAAGGAAGCUGAAAGACUGUGGCUUUUUGCUGCAGACAAUGGGAACCCAAAAGCUAGUGUGAAGGCUCAGAGUAUCCUAGGAUUGUAUUACUCAACAAAGGAGCCCAAAGAGCUUGAGAAGGCAUUUUAUUGGCAUUCAGAAGCUUGUGGCAAUGGAAACCUGGAGUCCCAGGGUGCCCUGGGGCUCAUGUACUUCUAUGGACAAGGUAUCCGCCAGGACACUGAGGCUGCCCUGCACUGCCUGAGGGAAGCAGCGGAGCGUGGCAAUGUCUAUGCUCAAGGGAAUCUCGUGGAAUAUUACUAUAAGAUGAAGUUCUUUACAAAGUGUGUUGCAUUUUCCAAAAGGAUCGCCGACUAUGAUGAGGUUCACGACAUCCCCAUGAUAGCCCAGGUCACGGACUGUCUCCCGGAAUUCAUCAGCAGAGGCAUGGCCAUGGCCUCUUUCUACCACGCGCGGUGUCUGCAGCUCGGCUUGGGGGUCACAAAGGAUGAGGCGACAGCCAAACGCUAUUAUUCUAAAGCUUGUCGUCUGAAUCCUGCAUUGGCAGAUGAACUUCACACUUUACUUAUUCAUCAAAGAAUUUAGAUCACGAUGCAUUUCAACAAAGAUCAUCGAUUCUAACAGCUUAGAAUAAGAUGGACACUUCAAGUAAUUGCUGUGAAGUUCCUGGGCUUGCUGACCUCACUCUGCUUCUCUUCUCUGAAUGUCUUUUCUGUGUCGCUGUGAAUGAUCAUUCCGAAGUACAAUAUCUUGGUUUGAGAAAAGCAUCAAAGAGCUGUAGCUAACAGAAUCUCAGAGAUAAAAUUUGCUUUACUAAUUUUUAAUCAUUUCUCUUUCAGAACUUAUGUUUUAUAUCAAGAACUUGGCAGGUAUGCUCUAACAAUGAUAUAAUCAAUGCCAUUUUAAUAUACAUUUACAUAGUAUUUUUCUUUCAUGGAUUUCAAACUGAAUUUCUGCUUAAUUAGUUUCUUUCAGUAUUCCUGGAGGGUAGAAAGGGGAAGUGUUUCCUUAUCACUGCAUAAUAUGGUAAAAUGCAGGAAAAUUAAGUCCUUGUCCAUGCCCUACUACUGAAAACAAAGCAACGUCCGUACACCUGACGCCCGCCCUAGUCCCCAAGACUUGAGGACACAGUCAAGUCCUGAGCAGCACGAAGUAACUUCCCUCCUCUUUGUUUCUCCAUCUCAUUCCUGCCUGUCUUUCAAAAUUUAGCUCCCAUCCCAAAUGCCGAAUACAGCUUUUUAAGCACCCAUUUGGCUCUUCUCACUCAAGUAAAAAUCAUAUUUUUCACAUUCAUUCUGGGAGAAUGGCACAACCUUUAUACCUCCUUACAGAAGAACUCACAUGCACAACAUUUUCUGCAAACAAGGCACUUGAUAUAUAUCUGAACUGUCUUCAGUGUUUCAAAUUAUUUUUUGAGAGAAGGAUACAAGCAUCUUAAAUAUCAGAGUUCUGAUUCAUUUUUAUAAUUUAUUGCUUCAAAUGCUUCAAACUAUGGGAAAUCUUUGGUAAAAAUAAAGACAGGAAAAUUUUCACAAUAACUUCACACAAAGCAUUGCACAACAAUAUUCAGUACACACAAACAGAGGAAUGUUCAGAGUCCUCAGCGAGGAGAUUAACUGUACAAUGUUCAGAGUUCUUCAUUUAAAACAAAACUUCAUAAAUAUUUAAAAUAUUUCCUAGGUUCUUAUCACAUAUCAACAUUUAUAUUUCAAACAGUAUGUUGUCCUUUAAAGGAUUUAUAUUAAAAUAAAAAUAAUUAACAAGUGUUGUGGUUUUUUUUUUUUCUGUUGCCUAAUAUACAGCAUCAAGUUUCCUCCCCAAUUCUGCUUCAUUCACAUAAAACUAGAGGGAAGUAACUAAAAGUUCAGUAUGGUUCUCAGUCAAGCCCUCUGUGGAAAAGAGGAAAAUGUUUCAUGUCUAUUAGUACAGACAUUUCUCUGGUGGUUUAUUUGUGCAGUCUCAAACCUGACAAGCUUUAAGUUGAUCUAAAUGAGUUCUCAGCUCAGGACACAAUUCAGUUAGCAGCAGUUCCAUCAGCACCUGAACCAACAAAGAAAGAAAGAAGAAGUCUUUUUCUCUGAAGAUUUAUUCAGAUAUCUACAUCUAAGACUAAAAUUUUAUUUUAAGCCUGAGAUGCUCCUCACUGAACAAGUUACUCUCCAAAGGAAUCCGUAUUCUAUAAACUCCAUUCAGAUUGAUUUAUUUCAUGGUCCAUUAACCAUCAUCAGACCAUCAGGGGUAUUUAAUAUUGCUCACUAUGAUAAGACAGACAGCUAGGAAACAGUUUGCUUUGUUGAAAUAACAAAGCGAAGCAGUCAGGCAGAGAUGUUACAGCACAAGAGAGAAACAACAGCAGGCUGGGAAGAGGAGGUGGCAUCCACUGGGAGUGGUUUUUUUUUUUUUUUAAAGCAAAUUGAAGAGACAAAAAUACAGCAGAGAAAAUGGGUUCAGAGUUAUAAGUAAUAAAAAUGAUUACAAGUAUAAAGAAUUAAAAUCUACCCCCGUAUGUGAACAGAAAUGUACAACUGAAGAAACAGUGAAUCCUCUGGGAGGCUUUACUCACAUAUAGCAGGUGCUUAUUGGCUCUCUUUUCUUGAAGUGCAUUGAAUAUUUUUAUUAUACCAUAACGGGCAUUUUGCUGUCCAACAAGGCUCUGAAGCAUAUCUGAAAAAUUAAGUUUAUAUUCCAAGCUGCUACUGAUACAAGUGCACCGUGCGCAGACCUCCAGUGAGAGGCCAUGCCCUGCGCACACGGCACAUAAAGGCGCUGAGGAACAUGAGGGGUGGGUUCUUGCCAGCGUUUCAGGAAAAAAUAGUUUUUUGACAGGCAUUUAUACAGACUAUAAUUUUAAUACCCCAGUUAAAACCAUAGCUCUCAAAACAGGGGGGUUUAAAGUAUAAAAUUCUAAAAUAUUGUUAUCUAAUGUUAUCUAAAACAUUGUUCUAGUGAAAUUAUAACCAGUACUGUUCUUUUGGGGACUCUUCAGUAUAAUUUCUUAGCAAGGGAGAAGACAUGAUUUGAAAGAAAAAGGUAUGAUCACUUUUUUUCACUGUAAAUAAUGUUUCCUAAGUGGCAGAUGCCUUAGUGGGGCUGACGACACUCCCUUUCUCUCCGACUUUCAGGAGCAGAACCCAGGCCUCACCUGGAAUGUUCUCGAGCAGCUUCUGCUGGGCUCUCUGCUUUGUUUCCUGGCUGCGCGCGCGGCUUUGUUCUUGGCGUGGGAUUGUGUUUGGCGGUGCCAGCUUCCCAUUGGGCCAAAAAGCAUCCCGGAAAAGGUUGAUGUAGUAAACCAACAUUUGCUCACUGAAAAUCCAGUUCACUGUGUCCCGAAUUUGUCUUUUAAGAGAAAAAUAUGUCUCAGAUGAGGUUUUUAAAAAUUGUAUUCUCUGUUUCUCAAAAGGCAUUCAUCAGUGGGUAGGUUAAGAUACAGUGUGAUGUAGGCGUUUGAUGAAUAAACUAGGAAUUGGAUUUUUAAA